AUGGGAUUUGCUGAGCUGCUGGAGGAGGCUGGGGGCUUUGGCAGAUAUCAAUGGCUCCAUGUGACUCUCAUCAGUUUGCCUGGUCUGAUGAUGGCCAGUCAGAACCUGCUGAACAACUUCGUCUCAGGAAGUCCCGCCCACCACUGCAGCCUACCGACCAAUCACAGCAGCCGAUACAACCUGUCCCACUACCAGGUAGAUGAGAAGCAGCUUCUGAGGGCCUUCAUCCCGAUGGACUCUUCAGGAAGUAGACUGGACCGCUGCAGGAGGUUUGUGGAGCCUCAGUGGCAGCUGCUAGCGGCUAACAGCUCAGCUAACGUUAGCCAGAUCCCAACCGAGGGAUGUUUGGACGGAUGGGACUACGACCGCUCAGAGUUUCUCUCCACCACCGUGUCCGAGUGGGACCUGGUCUGUGGUCUCCGGCCUCUCAAACAGAUGAUCCAGACCAUCUAUAUGGGGGGCGUUCUGACAGGAGCCAUUGUGUACGGAGGGCUGUCAGACAGGUAUGGGAGGCGGUCUGUGCUGAUCUGGUCCUACCUGCAGCUGGGGGUCCUGGGGUGCAGCUCGGCUUUCCUUCCCUCGUACUCCACCUACUGCGCCUUCAGGUUCCUGAGCGGCAUGGCUGUCUCUGGAGUCAUUCUGAAUGGAUUCUCUCUGAAGGUGGAGUGGAUCCCCAUCAAACAGAGGACUCUGGUUGGAACUCUCACUUCCUUCUUCUUCACGUUUGGUCAGAUGAUCCUGGCGGGGCUUGCCUAUUGGCUGAGAGACUGGAGGAAACUUCAGCUGGUGGUGUGUCUGCCCCAGUUCCUGUUCUUCUCCUACUCCUGGUGGUUCUCGGAGUCGGCCCGCUGGUUGGUUCUGAAUCGUCGUUCUGAAGACGCUCUGAAGUCUCUGCACCGAGUCGCUCGAGUCAACGGGAAGAAAAACAUCGAGGACACGUUAACGCUGGAGGUGCUGCACUCCCACAUGAAGAAGGAGAUGGACUCGAGCCGCUCGACCUUCAGGGCGUACGACCUUCUGAGGACGAGACAAAUGAGACGCAUCUCCAUCUGCCUGCUGGUCGUCUGGUUUGCCACCAGCUUUGCGUAUUAUGGUCUGGCGAUGGACCUGCAGAAGUUUGGGGUGAGUAUCUACCAGAUCCAGCUGAUCUUCGGGGCCAUGGAUUUUCCCGCCAAGCUGUUGGCUCUGGGCAUGCUCAGUUACCUGGGGAGACGCGUCUCUCAGGCCACCUGCCUGUUCGUCUCCGCCCUCUUCAUCUUCGCCAACAUCCUGGUCCCUGCAGACAUGCAGACGGUUCGCACCACGCUGGCCUGUCUGGGUAAAUGCUUCACCUCGGCCUCCUUCACCACCGUGUACCUAUACACAAGUGAGCUGUACCCCACCGUGCUCAGGCAGACAGGAUUGGGCUUUGUUUCCACCAUGGCGAGGGUCGGCAGCAUGGCGGCGCCCGCGGUCCUGAUCCUUGAUGAGGUACUCCCUGCUCUGCCCAGUGUUGUUUACGGGGGGGCGGCGGUGUUAGCCAGCGUCUUCGCCUGCUUCCUGCCGGAGACGCUCAACAAGCCGCUGCCCGACACCAUCGAGGACGUGGAGGAGAACGGGUCGGAAACAAACCUCGCCCCUCUCCAACCAGAAGCAGGCGUGGCUUUGAAAGAGGGCGUGGCCACAACCGAGGGCGUGGCUUUAAAAGAACUGAAGGAGGCAGAGGGGAGUGGCCUCAACGCUCUCUGACCAAUCACAUGGACCCUGACCCCCCC